AUGACUAACCCUUGCAAAGCCUUCACCAGUGGCUCCCUCUCCUCUUGGGAGGUGUCAGGGAAGAUGAGCAGAGGAAAAGCAGCCAGCACGUCCCCGGAUCGCCUGGGCCGCUGCAGUCCCAACGGGUUGGCCAGCAAUGGCCACAGCUCUCUCAGCCUCCACGGAGAUGGCGGAUACCGGUGCUCCUCUUAUCCCUCCUUCUCCAUCGACAGGAGACUCCUGGCCCCCGUGCACCUCGAUAUCGACUCAGACUUCCAAGCCGUGCGGCAGCAGGAAAAAGAGGACAUCAAGUUGCUCAACAACCAGUUUGUGACCCUAAUUGAGAAGGUCCAGUGCUUGGAGCAACAGAACAAGAUCCUGACGACAAGGUGGAACUUCCUGAAGGAUCAAGACAAUUCCCACUCCGAGUUGGACAUCAAGGCCAUCUACGAUCAGUACAUGAGCAAAAUGAAUCAAGAGAUGAAGGCGCUCAACUACGAGCAGGAAAAUCUUGAGUUGGAGCUGACAAAGGUCCUGAGCACCAUGGAUAACUUUCGAAGCAAAUACGAGGAUGAAAUUCGCCUCUGUAGCGGCAUGGAAUACACCUUCACAGAGCUCAAAAAGGAUUUAGAUGUGAGCUCCUUGCAUAGAACUGAGCUGGAGGCAAAACUCAACGGGCUCCAAGAGCUGAUGGAUUUGAAAAAAACCAUCUAUGAGCAGGAACUCGAGGAGUUGCUGACAGAAAUUAAGGACAUUUCUGUUGUACUGGGAAUUGACAAUGCAUGCAAACUUGAUCUGAGCAGAAUUGUGGAAGAAGUGAGGGCCCAGUAUGAAGCGCUGGCUCUCCGGAGCUGGGAAGAAGCUGAAGCACUUACCAGGAGAAAGCUGAAUGAAGGAAGCACCCAGUCAGGCACUUAUGGGGGUCACCUCCUUGACAGCCGACGGGAGAUCGCAGACCUAAACAUACAGAUCCAGAAGCUGAGGUCCUGCAUCGUGUCCCAAAAGAGCCAGUGCCUGUACUUAGAGGAGCAUAUCAAAGAAGCAGGAGAGCAUGGCGAGAUGGCCCUCAAGGAUGCCAAAGCCAAACUGGUCAAGCUAGAAGAAGCCCUACAGAAGAGCAAGGAGGAUAUGGCUCAUCUGGUGAAAGAGUAUCAGGAGCUGAUGAACAUCAAGCUGGCACUGGAUGUGGAGAUCCUCACUUACAGGAAGCUGAUGGAAGGGGAGGAGAGCAGCAUGGAGCAACCAACACCCACAGUCAUCAGCACCGUCCACUCCAGACCAAAGCACCUUUCUGCCAGCACCCUGAGAAACUCCAAGCUGUUUGCAAGAGGAACAGGCAGCACCAAUGGUGAGAUGAAGCCAAAUGGAGGCAGCACAAAGAUACUGCUCUCUAGAAGCCACAGUGACAACUCAGCAACACCUGCAGAUGCCUUCAUCAGCGGUGCCCGGCCAAAGCUCAGUUCCCUGUCCACAGAAGAAUGCUAG